AUGGCUGCGGAUAAACGGUCUGUGUUCUGGAUUUUCGUCAGCGUGGUCUGCGUUGUUGUUGUUUCAGCGGCUGUCACAGAAAAACUUCUGCACGUGCCAAUGUUUGAAGUCGGCAGCAUUUGGUUCCGCUUGACGCAUUUGGCAGACGACUUGAACGGAAACUUGUUUAGCAGACUGUCAGAUAUUUCACUUUUAUGUGCCACUGUUUAUUUGGCAAGCGUGAUCGGUGGCUUCUUCCUCUUAAGAGAGGCAUACAGGCUCUUCUUCGUCCCUUUGAACAGAGUGCGACUACAGGAAGAUGUGGGUUAUUUGCCUGAUGGCAGAUUCAGCAAUAGAGACUUGGCUAAUAUGGUUCAGAAAAGGCGAAUGGUGGGAGAAAUCCCUCCCGUCUAUCCGAACGGCUGGUUUGGUUUGAUUGAAUCACACAGAUUGAACAAAUCAGAAGCCAUCAAUAUUGGACUUCUUGGUUUGAACCUAGCUGUUUUUCGAGACGACAAUGGCGAGGCCCAUGCUAUAGAUGCCUACUGUCCUCACAUGGGUGCAAACCUGGCGGCUGGGGGCCGAGUGGUGGGCGAUUGCCUAGAGUGCCCCUUUCAUGGGUGGCAGUUCCGAGGUGCAGAUGGAAAGUGCACGAAAAUCCCUUACACUGACAGCAUCCCAGAUAUAGCCAAGGUGAAGUCGUGGCCAGUGACAGAGCUGAACGGGUGGAUUUACCUCUGGCACCACGCAGAAGGUCUGGAUCCAACAUGGAAGAUCCCGGAGAUUGAAGAGAUCCAGAAUGGAGAGUGGAAAUUUCGAGGGCGCAGCGAGCAUCAUAUCAAUGCUCAUAUCGAGGAAAUUCCCGAGAAUGGAGCAGAUGUGUAUCACUUGGGUCAAGUCCACGGUCCAAUCAUGAUGGCCGGCAUCGACCUGCGCUUCAUGUACAGCAAGCUGUGGGAGUUUGCCAAACACGAGUGGACUGCCUGCUGGGAGGCACUGCCCGCCCCAAACGCCCACAUUGGCCAGAUCAAACUCACUCACAGCAUCAAGAUGUUCGGCAAACGCCUCCCGCCUGUGGAUCUCUCCGUCGAUGGUCAGCAGAUUGGCCCUGGAAUCGUGUACCUGAAGUUCGACAAUCUGCUGGGUAAGGGCGCCUUUCUGCAGUCCCUCACCCCCGAGGGGCCCAUGAUGCAACGUCUCGUCCAUAAUAUCUAUGUCCACUGGAAGAUGCCCAUUAUCAUCGCUAAAUUCUUUAUGUUGGGGGAAGCACUCCAGGUGGAGCGAGACAUCAUGAUAUGGAACAACAAAUGUUAUGAGGCAAAGCCGUUGUUCGUCAAGUCCAAAGAGGAUACGCUCAUUGCCCGUCACAGGCGGUGGUAUCAACAGUUCUACUCUGAAAAUAGUCCCCGAUUCAAGUUCCAGAAAGAAACCCUUGAGUGGUGAAGAAAAAGAAAAUGGCAAUGACAGAAAGAGUGAUUUGAAUAAGUCUGAAUUUAAACAGAAUGUCUCUGAACAAAUUAGAGGACACCAGCAACAAAUACAAAUCCUCAUUACUGAACAGAAAGGUUUACCUCAGCUAUUCCUGUUGGCAAGCCCAUGAGACUACAUAUACGCCAUGCAAAAAUUUCUAUAAAUGGUUAUAUCAAAUCAACUCUUUUCUGGAUAAUCAUAAUUUGACCCAAGUUGAUACCUUCGUAUUAAGAAAACCAACCAAGUUCCGAUUCCACAGAGCCAUUUCUGACUUUACUCAAACUUUGAAAUACGAUCUUCAAGCUUGUUAUUGAGUUAUAGAAAUUAAUAUUGUGUUCGAUGCGAUCAAAGUUAUCUUAAGACAAAUGUGUCCAAUUUCUAUUUCCAGUACCAAAAUGUUGAAGAGGUUUUUAAAUUUUGACUUAAGUCAGAAAUGGCUUUGUUCGUGCCCACUGUGUCAUUCUGCCUCCGUUCUAAACCUGGAAGUAUUCAAGACUUCUUUCACGUGUUACUUUGUAC